UUGUUUAUCUCUAAAAUAGAAUUAAGUUAGCUACAAACCCCCAAAUAAGGAACUAACCUAUUUAAAGCAAGCAACCAAUUAUCAUUUUGGUGUAACAGGCGUUUCUACUUCCUUACUGUACGUUUAACCAUCUUAAUUGUUAUCAACUAUAUGUGAGGAAUGCAAUACAAUUCCAAUUUAAUAUCUACUACGUUGUUUGAGGAGAGUAAUGUUUCUGUGUUUAAAAUCCCCCCUGGUGAAUUGAGUAUAUCAAAAUGGAACCUUAAUGAAUCGAAUAUAAUAUGGAAGGGGAAUCUAAGAUUGAUAGAGCAAGAAGUGAUACAAGAUGAUGUAGACUUGUUUGCUACUCUACCAGGUUCAAGACUUCAUUCUACAGAUACAUUGACAUGGGGAAACACGUUACAGCGAGUAAAAGUUUGUGAUGAUAAGUUUAUAAAUAAGGGUCCUAAGAAACCUUAUGAAAGUUUAAGAGCCAAACUAGAGUUGUAUAAUCCGGUGACAAUACAUCCGAGUGUGGGAAAUUUAACCACAGUGAAUAGAGAAGAGUUAUGGGCUGAAGUAUGGUAUAAUCCAAUUGCCUCAUCAAAUAUUGAUCAUGAUAAUAAUAGAGACGAUCAAUUCUCAAUAGCUAAUGAUGGUCAGGAAACCAUACAAAUGUCUAAGGAAUCUCCAAAGUUUUACAAGAUCAUAUCUCAAUUGCCAAGUUCAGGAUAUCAACCAAUCCAAGGCACCACUGCUUAUUCAGAUAGUCUUUUUAAUGAAAAAGGAGUAUUAUUACAGGUAGCUCUUGGAAUCAAACUUGGUGAUAGUGCUGAUGCUACUGGAUUUAGUGAGAGUUUCAAUCUUUAUAAGAGAAGAUUUAGAAAUGUGGAAGAGCAGUAUUAUUAUGAAUUGAAAUUACUUGAUCUUGAAGAUAAACUGGCCCAAUUAUCUCUUACUAGUCAUACUGAAGAUACACUAUUUCCCUUAGAUGAUAGUAAACAUGAAACUAAUAGAACUGGUUCUAUUAGCAGCUUUGACAAAAGCAGUGACGAAAGUGAUGAUGAAUUUGGUGAUUUUGUAGGUAGUUGACUGAACUUCCAAAUGGUUAAUAGAAUUGCAUAAGUUAUUGUUUGUUGUUUGACUUUUUUAUUUUUAUAGAUGAUUAUUUUUGCAUGCA